GGGGAUCUGGCGCCCUUUUUGCUGUGGUGGCGACGCUUCUGUCAGCCCAUAAGAGCCCCCGGGGGGUGCGGUGUCUGUCGUCGUCCCUUCACGGCCUCCCUGACGCUAGGGACUGGCCAGCUGAUUCUAUGAAGUUGCCAAAAUGCCAGCUAGACGUGAGGUGCAGCUGGAAAAAUGCAUAGAUGAUGCCACAAGAAAAAAUAACUUCCAGCUUUUAGAACAAUUUGUGCAAACAGAAGACUCUGACAAUAUCUCUCAUAAGUGCAGCAAACAGUUUUUCAACAAAUUUGACAAACUUAUAUGCCGGGAACUUGACAAACAGGAAGUCAAUAAUGUUUCAACUUUGCUAAAUUGUCUUCAUAAAUAUGGUAAAAAUAUCAUCAUACCAGGUGGAGAUGGUCUUCCAGCAAUGAUAAAAUAUGGUCUCGUUGAAAAGAUGGUUAGCUGGUUUGAAAAGGCAAGAGAAAUUCUGAUAUUUAGAGGAAAUGAAAAAAACGAAGCACUUACAAAUUUAAUUGAAGAUUUCUUCGAUGUUUUGAUGCUUAUACAUGAUACCAACAGUGAAGGUAAAAUACAAACGUUAGAAAGCUUUAUAUUGAGAAUAUGUACCCUUGUUGCUGAUGUAAGAAUCAAUAUUUAUAUUCAGCAAGAGGCUGUAAGAAAACUUAAUUCAAUGCUUGAUACCAUGCCUCGAGAAACCAGAAAAAAAAAUAUUUCCACGAAGGAAAUGUUGCUUGUCAUGAAUGACAUGGGAAAAAGAAUUUUAGAUGCUGGAGACUAUGACUUGCAAGUAGCCAUUACUGAAGCUUUAUGCAGAAUGACAUCAGAAAAACAAAGAGGAGAACUGGCACGCCAGUGGUUUUCUAUGGAGUUUGUGACCAAUGCAUUUAAAGGAAUUAAGGACUCUGAGUUUGAAACAGACUGCAGAAAAUUUCUUAACCAAGUGAAUGGAAUGCUUGGAGACAAAAGGAGGGUUUUUACAUACCCUUGUUUGUCAGCAAUCCUUGAUAAACAUGAGCUACAGAUACCUUUGGAUGAGAAUCUUGAAGAAUUUUGGAUAGAUUUUAACAUUGGUAGCCAAAGUAUAUCCUUCUAUAUUGCAGCAGAUGAUGAAGAUCAUCAAUGGGAAACAGUUAGCAUAUCUGAAGAAGAGGUAAAAAUGUACAGUCUUGAAGAAAAGGAGUCAAAGAAGUUACUAACAAUAAUUCUAAAAAAUCCAAUAACUAUGGGUAAUCAAGAAGGCGAGCAGCUUUUCCUAUAUUUUGAUCCUGUCUUGGAAAUCAUGGAAGUGGCCAGAAAGGUUUAUGGUGCAAAUAAAUUUAAGGGAUUUACCAAGAAGCAAGCUAUAUCAGUUGCCAAAACAUCAGUUCAUAUAAUUUUUGAUGAAAGUGGAUCACAGGUUCUUGUACCAGAAAGUCAAUUGUCACCUUACUUGAAAGAAAAAUCAGGAAUCGAAGGGAAAGCCAGUAAGUCUAUAAAAGAACAACUUCCUGUUCAACAAAGUAAUCAGAAUAAAAAAACUAAUGAAGAGAACUGCAAAAAUAUCCAAUCCAAGAUUACUACGCCUAUUAAAAGGAAAGUAUCUGAAGCAUCAUUGAUUGUCCCAGGUACUGGUAGGCUGCCUCUGAGGAGCCCAUUGGUAUUUGUCAAUACAUCAACUCCACGAAAAACCCGUUUUAAACUUCCU